AGAACUUCAUAGAACUCUUAAGAGAUUUGAUGAAGUAACUGAAUCCAAGUUUAACAAUAAAGAAAGAACCAUUGGAUCACAUAAUAUACUAGAAGAAUUAUCAGUGGAGAUUACACUAGAAAAUGAAAAGGAUAUGACAAUAUUAAAAGAAAAGCUAACUAAAGAAUUUAUGGAAUUCAAAGAGAUACUUAGAGUAAAAUUAGAACAAAUAAGGGAAGAAACUUUUAAUGAAACAGUUACAAAUACUAUUGAAAAAUUUAUGAAAGAAAAAGCAACAGAACAAUUAGAAUUAAAGAUCUUUAGAAAGUAUUUUGGAAAAGAGGAAUUGAAACUCCAGAUAAAUACUUCACAGUAUAAUGACCCAUACUUAGAUAAUGCUCAAUUGAUACUUG